GCUAUUUCGCUAAAGUUAGUACACGUGUCAUUCACUUCCGCUGUCUUGUGUUCGCUUCCCAUGUGCAGACAGACAUGGACGAGAAGAUCCAUUUAGAUUUAGAGGAUUUCUCCUCGGAGCCGUUUCUGGAGACUUUCAUUAAGGAGAUCCAGAAGGAAGAGGCGGUUUUUCUCAUCGGGAUAUUUGUGGCUUUAUUGCUCGUGAUUCUCACUGUCGUUUUCUUUGGGAAUUUUUGGGGCUCCAGUAAGGCGAGGAAUGCCGUGCUGCUGCUGGGACUGUGUGACUCCGGGAAAACUCUCCUGUUCUCUCGAUUGUUACUAGGGAAGUUUGUCAGAACUCAGACGUCCAUCACGGAGAGCAGCGCCACAUACAAGAGCAAGAGUGACCGAGGCAGCAGUUGGACUCUUAUUGAUGUUCCUGGUCAUGAAAGUUUAAGAGUUCAGAUUGUGGAGAAGUACAAGGCCGUGGCUCGAGCCGUAGUGUUUGUGGUGGACAGCAGCGUCUUCCAGAAGGACGUCAGAGAUGUGGCCGAGUUUCUCUACUCCAUCCUCACAGACAGCAUUGUGGCUAAAAAUGCCCCAGCACUCGUGGUCGCCUGCAACAAACAAGAUGUCUCUAUGGCAAAAUCAGCCAAAUUAAUUCAGCAGCAGUUGGAGAAGGAGUUGAACACUCUGAGAUUGACUCGAUCCGCGGCGCUCUCCGCUCAGGACGGGCCCGUCGGUGGCUCGGUGUAUCUGGGUAAGAGAGGCAAAGACUUCGAGUUCUCCCAGCUGCCGGGUCGCGUGGAGUUCAUCGAGUGCAGUGCCCGAGGAAGCAAAGCUGAAGAUGGAGACGCUGACAUCGACGCUCUGGAGAAGAGCCUGGCCAAACUCUGAAGAUCUCAAACUCGAUUAUCAUGAACUUGUGAUGUGGAGCAGACUUUUGUCCAUUAUUGUUGUACCGGUGCAGCGGUGUACAUCAUGUCCAAACAGAUACAGCACAUUGUGUUCGAGCAGAAUCAAUGUAUAAUGCAUGAUACAUGCUUUUCCUUGUCAUAGUGUUUUCAGUUUUCACUCCAGAGCUCUUCUAGAACUGGUCGAGAUUUUACUUUUUAUUCAGCUGAGUUGUGUUUUGAUUUGCUAGAGGCAAGUGAGGAUGUGAAUGAUAUUAAAGAUGGCUUAUGACAA